CAAAGAGACGAAUCACUAAGUUUUAGCUUUCUUCUUUUAACAUAACUUAAACCAUUCUCCCUCUCUCCCCCAAUUAUACCAAAAAAUACACACAGUAAACUUUUUUGUUUGGUAAAUCAACAUGGGGAGGAUGGUUAUUAUAGCUGCAGCAAUGGCUUUGUUAGUUACCCUUCAGGUUUUACAACCUCCAUUAAUGGCUUCUGCUGCUACCAAAGGAAAGAUGGUAACAGUUUUGAGUGUCGAUGGAGGUGGUAUUAGAGGAAUUAUUCCCGGCACCCUUCUUGCCUUCCUUGAAUCCAAACUUCAGGAACUUGAUGGACCAAAUGCAAGACUUGCAGAUUAUUUUGAUGUGAUAGCAGGAACAAGUACAGGUGGAUUAGUAACCACUAUGCUUACUGCUCCUAACAAGGAUAACCGUCCUUUAUAUCAAGCAAAAGACAUUUCCAAUUUCUACAUGGAGCAUGGCCCUCAAAUUUUUCCUCAAAGCAGGCGUAACAGCUUCGUGAGGAGGAUCACAAAUUUGUUUGGAGGGCCAAAGUAUGAUGGCGAGUACUUGAGAACAAUAAUCAACUCAAUAUUAGGCAAUCUUACAAUGAAGCAAACGUUGACUAAUACAGUCAUACCAACUUUUGAUAUCAAACGCCUUCAACCAAUUAUCUUCAGUACUGCUGAUGCAAAAGCAAAUAUCUCUAAGAAUGCGCAAUUGUCAGACAUUUGCCUUAGUACCUCAGCCGCACCCACUUAUUUCCCAGUGCAUUAUUUUGAGACCAAGGAUGCUGAGGGUAAAAUACGUACAUUUGAUCUUGUCGAUGGAGGUGUAGCAGCAAAUAAUCCAACCUUAAUGGCAAUAACACACGUUUCAAAACAAAUCAUGACGGGCAACUUCCAAUACGAGGAUAUGGAAAAUAUGGACUGCAAGAAAAUGUUGGUUCUGUCAUUGGGCACGGGUACAGGCAAGCACGAAGAGAAGUAUAACGCUACAAUGGCUUCCAGAUGGGGAAUGCUAGGCUGGGUGUUCAACAAUGGUGCCACCCCAUUGAUAGAUGUUUAUGGUGAUGCAAGUGCUGAUAUGGUAGAUAUACACGUUUCCACCAUGUUUCAGACCUUUGGCAGUGAGAAGAAUUACAUCAGGAUCCAGGAUGAUAAUUUGACCGGGGAGGCUGCAUCAAUGGAUAUUGCAACCACAAAAAACAUGGAGACACUUAUACAGAUUGGUAAUGACCUAUUGAAGAAGCCAGUGUCGAGGGUCAACUUAGAAACAGGCCGAUACGAACCAGUUGUUGGGGAAGGCACCAAUGAAGCUGCUAUAGUCCGCUUUGCUCAGUUGCUUUCAGAGGAAAAGAAGCUCCGAAUGGACAACUAAGAAAGUGCUUUCACACUUCACCCUCACUUGGGAAAUACUCUUAGAAUUUAACACAAUUCAUUCAAUGAAUAAAAGACAAACAAUUUAUAAAAAUAUUCUUUUACCUCCAAUAGUUAAGCUCCUAAAUAGUAUGCCAUGUUGUAAUAUCAAAAUAAACCCUCCAAGGAGGAAAAUAAAAGUUAUGUAAUUUAGCC